UCAGUUCAUGCUGAUGAAAUUUGUAUUUCAGCAACAGACUGUGAGACUGCAGACAUGACUGGCACGCUGAAGAAAUUGUACCACAUAGUUGCUUUUGGCUGGUAUAUCUUUGUCAUUCAGUCUGUUUAUGCAAAACGCAAUUCAGAUAUACCACCUGGGAUGUUUGUCUAUGGCGGACCCUGGAAAUACCUCACAUUUUUGAACCUGGUCUUACAGCUUGUGUUUUUUGGACUGGCAUCUGUGAAUGACCUUAAGCCUGUGGGGAAAGGCUCCAAAAUGUCACUUCUGUGCCUCUCCAAGGACUUGCUCUUUUCUGUCUUUGCGUUUCCAGUGGGAAUGUUUGUAGUUCUGCUGUUUUGGCUGAUUUUUACCUAUGAUCGACAACUGGUCUAUCCAGCUUCAAUGGACCGCCUCUUCCCUCCAUGGAUGAAUCAUGCUAUGCACAGUCUUGUUCUCCCAAUCGUGUUUGGUGAGAUCCUGGUGGAGCCACAUAUCUAUCCUAAAAUAAAGAAUGGUUUGGCUGCUUUAGGAUUUGUUACUGCUGCUUACUUAGGAUGGGUUGUUUGGGUGUAUCUAACGGUGGGAAUCUGGGUUUACCCUAUACUGGGGAUGUUCAGCAGCUCAGGAUUGACCAUCUUCUUCUUUUUUAACAUGCUUGUGAUGGCGCUGCUGUACUUACUGGGACAAACUUUGAACCAUGAAGUUUGGGGGAAAAAACAUCCAAAAUUUACAAGAACAUAAUGACACAUGAUUCCUGUAAAGGUGUUCUGGCGAACUGGCCUCAUGAAUAUCUGAUAUGAAUCAUUUCCAAGUGAUUUGAGUGGCGUCAGUGCAGAUGUCUGAUGCCACUCAUUUGUAAUAAGUACACUAGCAUUAUCAUAGUUUUG